UGGUAUCAACGCAGAGUACGGGGCCUUUUCCAAAGUAGGCAUCAAAAUGUCUCUCGUUUUGCCUGAGAAGUUUCAACACAUUCUUCGUGUGAUGAACACGAAUAUUGAUGGUAGAAGGAAGAUUCCCUUCGCCAUCACAUCCAUCAGGGGUGUUGGUCGCAGAUUUGCCUUCGUUGUCUGCAAAAAGGCCAAUGUGGAUACCACAAAAAGGGCUGGUGAACUGAGUGAAGAGGAGGUGGAGAGGAUCAUCACUGUGAUGACCAACCCCCGCCAGUACAAGAUCCCUGACUGGUUCCUCAACAGACAGAAGGACAUCAAGGAUGGCCGCUUCAGCCAGGUCCUGAGUAACAGUCUGGACAACAAGCUCCGUGAGGAUUUGGAGCGUUUGAAGAAAAUCCGUGCCCAUAGGGGUCUGCGUCAUUACUGGGGUCUGCGUGUGAGAGGUCAACACACCAAGACCACUGGACGUAGAGGAAGAACCGUUGGUGUGGCCAAGAAGAAGUAAAUGGACACAUGAGGAAAUAAAUAUUGAAAACUACCA